UUCUUGUGUAAUAUUAUUAAUAUUAGCUUCAAAUUACUAAUAAUUUUUUUAUAUUGCGUAGCUUUUACUUUAAAUAUUUUUUUUGUAAUGCAGAGCCCUGAUGAGUGUUUCAUUAUUUCAAUAAAUAAAACAUGAAACGCGUCGGCGAAAUUAAACUCUGCAUUAUCUUUUUAUUAUUUCAUAAAGCACGAAUAUUCAAUUUGACAAAUUAAUUACGACUUCAUCGGUUGCUGAAAAGCAAGAGUUGAGACUAGCAGAUUAAUUUGUAUCUGAGAGAUAUAGAUUGAUCUGUUUCUAUUUGAAUAACAGUAAAAUGCAAAGAUUCUUCAACUUAAAAUGUUAAAAUCAAUUUUGAAAAAUAUAUAUAAAAUAUAGGUACAAAAGAACAUUGUGAAUCUAUUCUACAAGAAUUUCUACUUCAUGAACCAAAAUCUCAAGAUAAAGAAAAUAUAUCUGAGACUCUCGAUGAUUUAUUAUUGAUGGGUAUUCUUGCAAAAAUAUUAACUAAAGUUGAAUCUAUUGAUACAAAUGAUGAUAGUGAUAUUCAUAAUGUUAAAUGUGCUGUAUGUGAAAUGGAACCUAUUCGUCGAACUGAUAGAUAUCGUUGUUUAGAAUGUAUAUCACCAACAUAUGAUAUAUGUGGACGUUGUUUUGAAAGACGUUGUCAAACAGGAAAACAUUUUACAGGUCAUGCUAUGGUUCAAUUUAAAUUAUCAAAUGAAAUUUUCGGAAUACAAUUUAAUAAUAUUGAUAAUGAAGUUAAUUUAAAUAAUUUAAGAAAUUUAGAUAUAUUACAAUAUGAAAAACAUGAUGGUAUAAAAUGUGAUGGAAUUUGUCAUCAACAAACAAUAAUUGGUUUACGUUUUAAAUGUGAUAUAUGUCCAAAUUAUAAUUUAUGUAAAAUAUGUGCUAUUGAUAAACAUAUAUGUACAAAAAAUCAUACGAAAGAUCAUCCAUUAAUUUUAACUUCAAAUAAAAUUAUACCACAAAUUGAUCCAGAUGAUAUUAAAUUAAAAGAAACUUUAGGUAGAGGAGGAUUUGGUCGUGUAUAUAAAGCACUUUGGCGUUCAAAAAAUCUUCCAGUUGCUUGUAAAAUAAUUGAAACAUCUAAUAAAUCAUCUGAAUCAGAUCAUUUACGUCGAAGUUUUCUUCAAGAACUAGCUGCCUAUCGUGAAUUAUCAGGUUCAUAUAUUCUUCGAACAUUUGCCUAUGCUAUUCGUGAUAUAUCAAUACAAAAUAAUCAUGGACAAAAAACUCAAUAUAUGAUAUUAAUGGAAUUAAUAGGACGUGGAAGUUUACGAGAUGUUCUUGAUAAUGAACCACAUAAAUUAUCAUUAAGACGUAAAUUAACAAUGUCUCGACAAAUAGCAUCAGCUAUGAGACGUAUUCAUCAACAUGGUAUGAUACAUCGUGAUAUACGACCUGAUAAUAUUCUUAUUACAGAUAAUUAUAUUGCUAAAAUUGGUGAUAUGGGUAUUGCACGUGUACUUGAUCCAAAUUGUCAACAUACUCAAGUAGGUUUUAAAAAAUUUAUGCCACCAGAAUUUUUUCGAGAUGGACUAAAUGGUUUUGCUAAAUUUAAUGAAAAAUUAGAUAUAUAUACAUAUGGUCUUACAUUAAAUCAAUUAUUUACAGAAAAAACUCAUGAUUUUCGAUCAUGGGCAUUAAUAUCACGUAUAGUUAUAAUUGAAAAAAGUCCAAUAUUAUAUGAUGAAAUUAUUUUAAGAUGUAUAGAUGAUGAUCCAAAAAAACGACCAACUGCUAUUGAAAUAGAAAAAAUUUUAAAAUUCUAUGAAGAAGCUUUUUCAAAAACAAUCAAUUCAAAUGCUUAUAAAAACAUGGAUUUGAAACAAAAAAAUAAAGCAUUAAUUGAUUUUUAUGAAAAAAAUAAGGGAAAAAUGCAAGGUCUUGUUAAAGAAAAAAUUUCUCAAAAUAUCGUACGAGAAAUUCCAAUAGAAAUUAGAAAUAAAAAAUAA